AAAAGCCUGAUUUUGUCACAGCUCGACAAAGCUGCUCUAUAACGUUUAGUAUGAUCUACAUGAGAAAAGAAAAGGCCUCGGAUGACCUAGUAGUACAGACUGAGUGUGUUGAAGCUACCGGCGAUCGAGAUAACUCUUCCACAUAUUCCACAGGCGCUCCCAAUGACACCCUUUGCAACAAUGCAAGGUUUCUAGAUGUGGAUGGCUCGUGUUUUACCAGACCCACUAUCAAAAACUACAAUAAGAAGGGACGCGAUGGUUGGCUGCACGUUAGAAUUACUUUGAACCUCCAUCUCCAACAUCUCAUCCUCUUUCGUGCUAAGAUGCGAUCAAACGCCGAUUUAUCAGCGGUCUCGUAUACCAUCAGUGCCCCGCAGAGCAUUCAGUUGGAUGCAAUUAUGCACGGGGUCACAAGCCAAAACCGUGUCAGCCGUCGUCACCGGAAACGCAUCCAAGAGAAGGCCAAGAUUGUGCAGUCCAACAAUUCUCACAAGAAAUUUUCAUCAGCUAUUUGGCGCUUGCCCACGGAAAUCAUCGUUCAGAUUUUCCUGUACUGCAUACCAGAAAAGGCAGCCUUGACGCCCGCGCCAUUUAUGGCCCCCAUGCUGUUGACAAGAGUAUGUCGACGAUGGCGAGAGAUUGCUGUGGACAUGCCGAGUCUAUGGCGCAAUCUGCGAUUAAAACUCGGGCACGGUAACUGGCAACAGAGAGCUUUUUGCUAUGACGCCUACCUCAGGCGAUCGCGAGGACGUCAGAUAUCAUUGACACUCGCUGAGUGUGACGACAAUAACUGGGCGGAGCUACGAAGCCUACUACAGCCAUACGUCAAUCAAAUAUCGUCGCUGUGUGUUUGGUUGUCCUCUGGUGACAGCUCCUUUCCACUGGUGAUAUCAGACUUCGGCGGACUUGAGGAGUUGGUUGUAUACACGGACAGUUCUAAUCCUGUACAAGCUUUCGCGCAAUUGCCGCCAAACAUGCGCACUCUCAAGUUAUUGGACCUGUGGUACAACUUCCAGGUGUUAUCUAGCUUCAAACCUCUCGCCUGGGCUAGUCUCACACACCUUGAGGUCGCAGUAGAGGGACUAGAUUCCUUCCCCUGUUUGCUCCGUCUUUGUCCCAAUCUUUUGUCCUUGUCGAUGAUUGGAAUAUUCACAGCGGCGGUGGAAACUUCGGAAACUUUGAAGCACACCAAACUUCAAACUUUGCGCCUAUCCGGGGAUUUCCAUUUGCAGAUGUCCGUGAUUGAAAUCCUUGGGCUGUUCAAUGACAUCACGCUCCCCAAUCUACGCGUGCUCGAAGUUCGCAAUUUAGGAAAAUGGGCUCAUGAAGAAUUCAAGGCGUUUAUGACACGGUCACGGUGUCCCCUGGAGAGCUUGAUCUUCGGUGGUGUGGUGAUGACAACGGAUCGGCAACUGGCAGAAUAUGCUACUCUUUUUCCAUCCCUCAAAAUAGUGACGAAUCCUAUGCCCUCCACGCUCGGAUUUUAACUUGAACAGACUCGAACAGUCGUUAUGUACAUAGUUGACGAGAUGAUGAUAAUGGGAUUGCCCUAUAGCCUAUACUUAUCCUUUGUCAACCCUUCGAUAGACUACUUAUGUUCCCAAGUUAUGAUAUGCAUGAGUUGUGUAACAUGCAGGUGUCCAUAGUCGCUUUACAAAGAUGACAACAAG